AUGUCCGGAGGUUCUUCAAGCUUUGGUGAAAAUGUCAACCAAAUUUCUGCCCUCGUUGUCGAUGAUGACCGUGUCAUCCGCACACUUCACGCUGCAAUGUUGAAGGCGCUCGGAGUGAAGGUUCACCUUGCUGUAAAUGGGAAGGAAGCAGUUGAUCUUUUCCGUUCUGGGGUGAAUAUUCAUAUCGUAUUUAUGGACUUGGAGAUGCCUGUGAUGAAUGGUAUUGAGGCAACAAGAGAGCUGCGAGCAAUGGGAGUGAAAAGCUUUAUCGUGGGUGUGAGCUCUCGCUUUUUAGACGAAGAGAGGAAUGAAUUUAUGUCAGCCGGUUUAGACCAAUGCUAUGAGAAGCCAUUGACCAUGGCGAAUAUCAAAGCUCUUCUCGAAGAGAUGAAGAAUUGA